AUGAAGGUUGCAAGCAUCUUUCUUCUCAGUGCCUUGGCUCUGUUGAGUCUACCAGGAAAUGGGUCAAGUUGUCUUAACUAUCAAGCUACAUGUACCAAUGAAGUGAGUGGAUGUCCCAAGAUCUACAACCCUGUCUGCGGGACGGAUGGAAUUACUUAUUCUAAUGAGUGCGUGUUAUGUUCUGAAAAUAAGAAGCGCCAGACUCCUGUCCUCAUUCAAAAAUCUGGGCCUUGCUGA